AUGUCUUUCACUGAUCAGAUUCCACUAAAAGUCGAACAUACAGAUGGGCGCAAAUUAACAUUAUCAGUUUCACAUAACGAGUUAAUGUCGAACAUUUAUGAUCAAAUUGCUCAUGGUUUCAAUUAUCCAUUAGCUUCACAUAUUCUCCUUGUACAUAAAAAUAAAACACUUAAACCUGAUGACACUCCUGAACAAUUAAAUUUUUCAUCCUUAAAUGGAGAAACAAUAGAAUGUUAUCCAAAACAUCAAGGCAACAAACAAUUGAAAUUUAUUAUUCAAAAUAAUUCAUCAUCAGCUGGUGUUAGUCAUCGAUCAACAUCAAAACGUGAAUAUUUUUUACGUGAAAAAGAGCCAUUCUCAUUACUGUUUCAAAAAUAUUCUCAAGAUUUAAAAAUUGAUCGUCAAAAAAUUAGAUUUGAAUUUGAUGGUGAUUUAUUAAAUGAACAAGCUACACCGAUGGAUUACGAUAUGGAUGGAAAUGAGAUUAUCGACGCAUUUAUUUCGUUACCAGCGAUUAUUGAUGAUAAAAAGAAUAUCACAGCAACAAUUCAAAAACAAAUAAUGUAA